AUAAAAUUGAAAGAUUGUGUAAGGAAAUUUUACCAGAGUCCUGAAAAGGCCUAUGAUACCAAGUUCCUCCGUCAUUCUCCGUCAGUGACAAGUGUCUGUGUUCUGUGGAAGGAAAAAAGCAGUGGUGUUGGUAACUGUUGUAAGCAUUUCCAGUUUCCCCUUGCUUAGCAAGUGGUUCUUUGCUUCUAAUAAAGAACUCAGGGAGUCUUACUCUUUGCUACUCAGGAAAUGUCUUCGCUUUCACAAUAUACCUUGCGCAUGAGCCGUCUGAGUGCCCGAAUCUUCAGUGAGGUUGCCAGGCCGACUGACUCCAAAUCCAUGAAAGUGGUGAAACUUUUCAGUGAACAGCCCAUGGCUAAGAGGAAGGAGACCUAUGACUGGUAUCCAAACCAUAACACAUAUUUCGCACUCAUGGGCACACUCCGUUUUCUUGGCCUCUACAGAGAUGAGCAUCAGGAUUUUAAGGAUGAACAAAGGCGUCUAAAGAAGCUUCGUGGAAAGGGGAAACCAAGGAAAGGAGAAGGAAAAAGAGCAGCAAAAAGGAAAUAGUGUUUGCCAUGAAAACAGAAAAUUACUUCCUGGGUGACUAAGAAGAAUUCAUCUACUGUCUUUCCACAUAUAAGAGGAAUAUCAUGUUCCUCAGUGAGGGUCAUUUGGAACACAGUCAUCCCAUGUGGAAAUCUAAUCCAGUUAAAUUGUGCCUGCUUUCUUGAAUACAUUCUAAUACUGCAAAAUAUUUUGGCCUUGGAUUUGUAAUCUGAGGUUUACCUAAUUCUCUAAUGGGAUGAAUACAUAAUUUAUUGUUUAAUGAGUUGUUUGGGGUGGGUAUGUGAUAUUGGGGCAGUGAAGAAAUCUCAUUAAAUAAAUGCCCCACAGUUUCCGCCUUCCUCCCUUUCUUCCUCACUUAUUACUCAUCCCUAAACCUCUUUCAUCUCUUUGGCCAUUCAGCCACUGUCUCCACCACCAAGCUCACAAACUUUAUAUGCAUCUCCACCUACUCCUGUAAGCAUAUCUAAGUGGGAUAAAAGGCUGUUCUGGGAAAGGGACUAUUGAACACCUAAUGUCUACAAGGUACUGGAACACUGGUAAUCCAGGGUUAUUAAGAGAAACGAUGCCUUUCAAUCUUGUGGGAGACACAAGUAUGAUCAUAUACAAUUGUAUUAAAUGCUACAAAGGAAAAAGCCAGGGUCCCGUGCGAGUGUGCAUGGAUGGAUGGAUGGAUGGAUGGGUCAGAUACAUCACCGGAGGCCCAAAUCUCAUUUGG